CAACACAAGCCAUGAGGAUCCAACUUUCCUGCCUCAUUUUAUUCCACAUUUUCUCUGGUAUCGCUGCCAGGAUAUUCGAUCGGUGCUCGUUGGCUCGUGAGCUGUCGCGUCUGGGUGUGCCGCGUGGCAAUAUACCCGCUUGGGUGUGUAUUGCUCAGUUUGAGAGCACAUUCAACACAGCGGCCAUUGGACCAUGGAAUUCGGAUGGCUCACGCGAUUGGGGUCUCUUUCAAAUAAACGAUCGUUACUGGUGUGAUCCACAAGAUGGACGAGCUACGUCGAAUGUUUGCCGCACACCUUGUCGUUCGCUAACUUGGGAUGAUAUUGGCACGUCGCUGCGUUGUGCGCGACAGAUACAAGGUGCACAGGGUUUUGGCGCUUGGACCGUGUGGAAUGGACAGUGUCGUGGCGGACGCGCUUUACCGAAUAUUAAUGAUUGUUUUUAAAUAAAUUUCUUGUG